UGGCACACAAAAAUCUGCCUAUAUAAAACUAUCUGUACUUGUUUUUACGAACUCAGUGGUUUUUUGACCAAGGACCUGCGGUCUGCUGACUACCGUUUGGGAACUACUAUUACUACUACUAUUCAAAUAUUACAAAAAUAUUACUACUCAUUUCUUUAUCUAUGCUGAAUCGUAUCCUAUAUUUUUAUAACUUGUGAAGUAUAGUAUAGUAUAGUGGAAUAUACCACUAUAUCACUAUAUCCACUAUACUUCAUAGUUGGAUGAAGUAUAGUGGAAUUGUAAUUUUGAGGGUCAUAAUAUGAGUUCAAUAUCAAAGUGAAAUAAACAUAAAUAAAAGGUUGUAGUGUAUCAACAAGUCGUUCUAAGCCGUGUAUAUUCUGUUAUCAAUUCGUCGUACCGUUUAAAAAAAAUUCAAUUGGCCAAUAAAUGCACUUCAAAAGACUUUCUAAUUCACCCUUUCAAUAGAGUUUCACAAAUUAAUGGCUAAAUUAUUGAUAAAUUUGCAAUAUUUUUCUAUGUGUUGUGUAUUAAAUAAUGCGAAGAGACAGAUAUUCAAGUGAAAUCAGUUCCAUAUUCUAAACUUAUCGGUGCUUAACAAUUCUAUUAAAUUAUUUAUUGAUAAAAGGCACAACUGAUAUUCAACAUUUCUUUGGCACUAGUCAAAACCAAAAACCAGACCAACGGAAACCAUUGGCAACAACAACGGUGACUACGAUAAUUGUUUACAAAAAUAAAUAUAUAACUAUAAUCGAAUGUUCUCAAGAAAUCAUAUUAUUAUCAUUGAUUAGAUUUACUACUUAAUUGAGAGGAAAUUGCCAUGAAUGAUAUUUACGUUGAACUAGUUGGCAAAUUGUUAGUAGCGUUCGACGUACCAAGACGUAAAAAAUGUUAAGAACUUUCUUUAUAAAUCUGUUAAUAUUCAUUUUGCUGUUAAACUUUGGAGCGAGAAUAUUGUUGUGUGAGACGAGAGCGGGCGCUGAGGAGUGCUUCGAGAUCCAUUUCGAGGCGAUAAUAAAUGCCUCGUUUGAAUAUGCCGCAGAUUAUAAGUCUUGUGUUAACAAUAAAAAUGUUAAACAUAUAGCAGUAAGAAAUCAGAAACGCACAGAGCGAGACCGUAUACAGGAGGCGGUUGCGGCGAUAUGUACGCGUUUCGAAAGUUGCAAUAUCCUGAUCAAUAAUUUCGAUUACUUCCAGUGCAUAAAAAUAGUAAGUUUGGAAAAUAUGUUGGACACGCUGACAAUCAAAUUUAUAUCGACGAUAGCAUUGAUCGACUUAGAUGAGGAAUUGAAUCAAGCAGAGAAGGAUUUCAUGAAAUGCAGCGUACAAGCGGAACACAAGUAUAUAAACGCAACAGCAUCGGCUUACCUUGACUUUGUAUUGUGUACUGAUACUUAAGCUGCAUAAAGAUACAUCUGGCUUUGAUGUCAAAGAUUACUUCACUUACUUCUUUACUCAGUAAAGAUAUAUUUUAAUGCAACAAAAGGAUGCUUGAUUUGGAUUUUUAAACAAUUUGUAAAUAUGUAAAUAAGUGUAAUUUGUAUUUUCCUACUGGGGGAAGUUAAAAAAUUCGGUCAUAAUGACUGCAUAUGAAAUUGAUAGUAUUAAGUUAAUAAAGAAUUAUGAUAUAAAUUUCAAAAUACAUACUUAGUCCAUUAUGUUAGAGACGGAAUUUGCUAUUAUUCAAACGGCAACGUAUGCUUCUCUAGAGUUUAGAGUCACUUGUUAGCGUAAAAGAUAUGUCCUGGUUACAGUGUUCCAUUCCAUUGAAAGCACAAUACUCUAGAAUUA